AUGGAUAAUAAUAACUAAUUAUAUCAUUCUAUUGUAGCGUGGAUAAACAAAUUAUAAGCACAUGAAAUACAUAAAGAAAAGCUGAUAGAUAGUAUUUUAGACCUUAAAGAUGGAGUUAUUUUAGCAAAAUUAUUUAAUUUGUGUGUGCCAAAUAAUUAUAAAAUUGAUGAAAGCCAAAUGUAUACUGAAGAUGUGGAUAAUUGGGCAUUUACAUUGAAAAAUUUAAAUAUUAUAUACGAUAGCAUAAGUAGUUAUAACACUGAAGUCAAUUAAAAAUCUACUCCAGAAAUUGAGUUUUUGUCUAUAUUUAAUGAAGACAAUAAAGUUGCUAUGCUUUAGUUAAUAGAAGAAGUUUUUGGAAUAGUACUUUAGUCUGAAAUGAAAAAUGAGUUCAUCACUGCUAUUAUUGAUUUAGAUGAGGAGGACUAAGAAAAGUUAAGUCAUUUUUUAAAAAAACUCUUGAAAGUAAAUAGCAAUGAUAAGAUUAGAUUAGACACAGAUUAAAGCUUAGAAGAUCAUCAUCAUUUUUCAUUAAAUGAAUCAGGAUUGAAGUAGUAGUAAAGCAAAGAUUCAAAAGGAUAUACUUAGGAUAAGGAGCUUCUAAAAAAAAUUGAUGAAAUCGAGCUUGAACUAGGAAAAGAAAAAAAGAAAUUCGAAACUUUAAAAUUAGAUUAUGAUCAAUUGAAUUUAAAGAUAUUAUCAUUUUAAGAAUAAAUAGAGAAAAAAGAUUAACUCAUAGACAAGUUGAUUAAAUAACGUGAUGAAUUUUUGAAUUCAACUGGUUACUAAUCAUUUGAAGAUGCUUAAUAGGAAAUUAAAAAUAAAUAAAACAAAAUUUCUGAUCUAAAUAAAAUCAUAGAUGAAUUAAAAAAUGAUCAUUAAGAUGCAAUUAAAAAUUUAAAGGAUGAAAUAAAUUUACAUGAAAAAAAACUUGAAAAAUAUAAAAACUAUGAGAAAAUGGUUGAAACAGUUAAAACUUUAAAUGAAGAAAAUAAAUAUCUCGAAAAAAGAGUUUAAGAAUGUGAAAAAAUUGUAGAAGAUAUGAAAAAAAGAAAUACAGAGCUAUCUUAAAAAGUUCAAGAUAAAGAAGAGAUGAUGAAAAAAAAGUAUGAGCAAAAGUAACUUGUUUAAAAGAAUAUAGACUUAGAGACAGAGCUGGGCUCAAAAACAGCAGAAUGCUAACAACUAUAGUAGGAUAUUUAUGAGCUGUAGCAACUUAAUUCGAGAUAAGAAGAGUAAAUAAAAACUCUUAAUAAGAAAGUUUAAGAAUUACAAAUGAAGAGCAGUGAGAAAAAGAGGGCUAUGACUCCUACUAAAAGAAACCUUUCUUCUGAUUUUAAUGACAUGGUAAAUAAGCUAGAAAUGCAUGAGUAUUACAGAAAGUAAUCAAGGCAUUAGACUGACAUUAAUUUACCUAAGAUUCAAACAAAUUUUAGCUAAAUCGAUGAAGAGGAGCACAGUUAGAAAAAGGAAUAGGCUGAAUAAUAAGAGGGUCAUGAAUUUUAAACACCUAAUCCAAAUCAAGAUGGAGAGAAGAAUGAAUUAAAUACUAAUGAAAAAGAAGAAUAGUAUAGAGAUAUGGAAGAAAAUUAUGAACUCCUUCAACUAGAAAAUGAGAAGUUACGUUCACAAAUAAAAAAAAUGCAAUAAGAUAUAGCUAAAAAAUCAUCAGUUUCUGAUCAAUAUAAGUAAAUUUAUUAAUUAUAAGAAGAAAAAGCCAAAUUAGAGUCAGAAGUUGCAAUUUUGGAAAAGAAAUGCUCAUAGUAACAGUAAGAUGGUGAUGAUGAUAAAUCUAAAAUCAUUAAAAAUUUAUAAGAUACGAUCAAAUCCUUGAAAGAAAGGGUUGGGUUUUUGCAAGAAGAAAAUAAAGAGCUAAAAGAGCACUCAUAACAAUCUGAAUAGGCAGACAAAUUAAAACUGGAAAUGUAAAAGCUGAAAAAAUAAAUAGAUUUUUUCAAAUUGGAAUCAGAAGACAAGAGAAAAUAGUUAGAAGAAGAAAUUAAGCUACUAGUUGGAGUUAUAAAUGAAAUUAGAAUGAAAACUUUUGAUUUAUCUAACUCAGGAAACAAAUCAUAAUUAAUCUCUGAAUCUCUAAUAAGUAAUAGCUAAGCAACAUAAAACAGUUUAUAAAAUUAAGAAAUAAACAGGUAAAUAAGUAACAAUUCUGUGAGAAUGCCUUCUUAAAAAUGA